GACAAACAUAUGCAUCCAUAAAGAAAAAAAAUGUUGUAUGAAUGAGAUAAUAUCAAAAGAUGUUCAAUGCUUAUCAUGAUAAUAACAAAUAUUGUUAUAAUUGCUAUUUCGCCCUCUACGAAAGAUCGAAAGAGUGUCAGGAAGCUAAUUCCGUUUGGUUCACGUCUCAUACUAAUUCCCAAAAUCACCGAUGUCAUGAAUGCACUUCUAAAUAUAAAACUUUGAUAAACGAAAAUUCGGCUAACUACCAGUAUUAUCAGAAAAUUCCUCCCUUUCUCCAUACAUACAACACAGAGGUCUACCCUUACGCCAAUGACACAAAAUGUACAACACCAGUACGAUUAUAAUCAAGCGAUUAACAGAGAUAGUCGAUUCAUUACGGCCGAGCCAAAUAUAAAAGAGGCCACUCAAUACCAUCAUUCGAGAAUCGCGCCUGAAAAAAAGAUAGAUUUCCCAUCAACUCCUUCAAGGAACCCUGAUAAUAAGUUCGACCAUGACUCUUGGAAUGGGUUUGAUCAAUUUUUCCAAAGAGAGAGAAAUCUUAAUUUUAAUCUCAAUUUGAACUUAAACAUAACAUCUUCCAACGAUCAAACGAAUUGUAUAAGUGACACCUUUCAAUUAACUAAACCGAAAAGGGCAGACGAUCAUACUCGCCAAAUGUCUCAUAAAGUCAACAUUCAUAAAGAUUAUUUUAUUGAUGCCAACAGCAACACCAAAAAUUUUGUGAAAGAUUUCCAAAACAAUAAAAAGGCCAAGAUGAAAUGCAAUAAAAGGAAUAGGACAACGUUCAAUUGCCAACAAAUCGAUGCGCUAGAAAAUAUUUUCGAGCAAACUCAUUAUCCAGAUUCGCAUGUGAGGGAAAAUAUCGCUAAGAAUUCUGGGUUGACUGAAGCCAGAAUUCAGGUUUGGUUUCAAAAUAGGAGGGCGAAAUUCAGGAGAUACGAACGGACUUAGAAUAACCUUUCAUUUUUUUUUACUUACACUUAUUUUUAAUAUUUGAUUCCAAGAUAAAAUUUUCAUAAAUUUGUUAACUAUUCUUAUUUAUAGAAU